AUGCUACUCGAAAAAUAUGAUGAUGCUACCAUUCAAGCCAUAUACAAAGUUGCUCUUAACAUUUGCUCCAUUGAAACAGACCAGAUAGCAAAGCAGACCGUUUUGAACGAAGGCGAUAGGAAACGACAAUUUAAAUAUGCUGAGGAUGGCGUACAUUUUGCACGUCAAUUCAAACGUAAGUGCCUACCAUCGACAGAUGAAUGGUGCGGUCAUCCCAUUAAAAGCAUCUGCGAACAACAAGAAAAUGCAGACUUGGUUUUUACCAAGGGCAAGAAGGCAAUCAAUAUUGGGCGUUUUAACUGGACAGCAUACUACAACGAGAUAGAAGAGGAGCAAGUGAAAGCGAUUGAUAAAGUAGAAGCUGAAAAACAAUUAAAUUCACCCGUGGUCGACUUUCCAACUACUACUCAGUUUGAUACAUUAAAACUGGACAAUCCACCUGCAGAAGGUUCGCAUAACUGGUCUACUUCCUUCCAUGGCCUCUCAACAGCUCGUUUCCCGGAUGAAGUUGCAAACAUAUUACUUGAACCUAUUAAACCUGAAGAUAUUGAAAUAAAACCCGAUGGUAUGCUUUAUCUACCAGAAAUCAAAUACCGUCGUAUUUUGAACAGAGCAUUUGGUCCAGGUGGAUGGGGCUUAGCACCUCGUGGAGAGCAUACUAUUUCCCCAAAGAAUAUAUCAAGAGAAUAUGCCCUGAUAUGUGCCGGGCGAUUUGUUUCACAAGCUAGAGGAGAACAAGACUUUUUUGAUGUCUCUGGUUUACCAACUGCAGCUGAAGGAUGCAAGAGUAAUGCGUUAAUGCGUUGCUGUAAAGAUUUAGGCGUAGCAUCUGAAUUAUGGGAUCCUGUAUUUAUCCGUAAAUUUAAAAAGAAGUAUUGUGUUGAAGUUUGGGCUGAACAUGUAACAACAAAAAAGAAGAAGAAGUUAUGGAAAAAGAAGGAUGAUACAUUAGAGUAUCCUUAUAAAGAAACUUAA